AGAGAGAGAGAGAGAGAGAGGGAGGUAGGGGUGGGGGAGUGUGUGCUCUGUACUGUCUUAGCUUGUCCCCCCACCCAACAUAGUUGCCUCUCUAUCCAAGUCCAAAAGCCAAAAGCCAAAAGCCAUCACCACAUUGGCUUUUCUUGCCUUUGGUUUCUUUGCUUCCUGUAAGCAAUUGUCUAUGUCGGCUGCUGCUGCUCCCGCUUCUCAGUACCUCCAAAUGGGGAAGGAAUCAUACUUUGAAUUCCUUGUUAUUAUUUGACACCCUUUUCUUCCUUCUUUCUAUCCUUAAGCAUUCUGGCUUUGGUUAUUCUCUUUCAAAAAAAAAAAAAACAUGACUUUCUUGUUUUCUGUUCUUCCUCUUCCACUCUUCUCAUGUUCUAGCUUUGUGGAUACCCCUUAAAAGAAUAUGAAAUUUUUUUUAUCUAUUAUUUGACUUCAUUUCCUAUUUUUCUCAAGUUUUCAGUUUCUGGGGUAACUUUUUUUUUUUUUAUUUAAUUACUCUCAUUCCACUCUUUUCUUAAAUUUUCCUGAUUUUUUGUCUGGCGAAGUUAGUUGGUUAUGUGGUUGUACUUGCACUGAGGAGAAAAUUUUUUUUAAAAAAAUAAAGACUAAAACUUAGGGUGUUAAUGGAAAUUGAUCUGAACCAUGCUGUGAAUGAGGUGGAGAAGACUGCACUUUGCAAUGGGGACUGUGACAAAGCCAGUGCUUGUGUUCACUGUUUGUCCUCUUCCUCAUCUUCAAACUCAGCUUCACCUCCUUGUUCCUCUUCCAUGUAUUUGGAGCUUUGGCAUGCUUGUGCUGGUCCUCUCACUUCACUUCCCAAAAAGGGAAAUGUUGUUGUUUACUUCCCUCAGGGUCACUUGGAACAAUUUGCCUCAACCUCUCAUUUCUCUCCCAUGGAAAUGCCCACCUUUGAUCUUCCUCCUCAAAUCUUUUGCAAAGUGGUGAAUGUCCAGCUUCUUGCCAACAAGGAGAAUGAUGAGGUCUAUACGAAGGUCACUUUACUUCCCGAGCCAGAGUUGGGAGGGCCUAAUUUGGAGGGCAAGCAGCUGGAUGAGCUAGGUGUGGAUGGGGGAGGUGGUGGAUUGCCCACAAAAUCAACCCCUCAUAUGUUUUGCAAGACGCUAACAGCUUCGGACACUAGCACCCAUGGAGGGUUCUCUGUUCCUCGUAGAGCUGCUGAAGACUGUUUUCCUCCACUGGAUUAUAAACAGACGAGGCCCUCACAAGAGCUUGUUGCCAAAGACCUGCAUGGAGUUGAGUGGAGGUUUCGACAUAUAUAUAGGGGUCAACCAAGGCGGCAUCUCCUUACUACGGGCUGGAGUAUUUUUGUGAGUCAAAAGAAUCUUGUUGCUGGGGAUGCAGUGCUCUUUCUGAGGGGUGAAGAUGGAGAGCUAAGGUUGGGAAUUAGACGAUCUAUACGACCAAGAAAUGGUCUUCCUGAUUCAGUUAUUGCUAAACAGAAUUCAUAUCCAAAUCUUCUUUCUCCUGUGGCUAAUGCAAUAUCCACCAAAAGCGUGUUUCAUGUCUUCUACAGUCCAAGGGCCAGUCAUGCAGAGUUUGUCAUACCCUUCCAAAAGUAUAUUAAAAGCAUCACCAAUCCAGUAUGCAUGGGAACAAGAUUUAAAAUGAGAUUUGAAAUGGAUGAUUCACCGGAGAGAAGGUACAGUGGUGUAGUGACUGGAAUAAGGGACUUGGAUCCUUAUAGAUGGCCCAACUCAAAGUGGAGAUGCUUAAUGGUUAGGUGGGAUGAAGAUAUUGUGAGUGAUCACCAAGAUAGAGUGUCACCUUGGGAAAUUGAUACUUCAGUUUCUCUCCCACCCUUGAGUAUUCAAUCUUCACCAAGGUUGAAGAAACUGCGGACAAGUCUGCAGGCUGCCGCACCAGACACCCCCAUCACAGGAGGGGGUGGAUUUUUGGACUUUGAGGAAUCGGUAAGAUCCUCUAAGGUCUUGCAAGGUCAAGAAAAUGUAGGUUUAGUAUCACUCUUAUAUGGACGUGAUACUGUAGAUCACCCUCCAGAUUUUGAGAUGCGAUCUUUGGCACAUCAAAGUCUUGCAUCAACAGGAAUUGGAAAGACUAAUAUUAUUGAGUUUAUGAGGGCUCGCUCCACUGCUUACACAGGCUUUGCGGAGUCUAAUAGGUUUCCGAAGGUCUUGCAAGGUCAAGAAGUUUGCCCAUUGAGAUCCCUAACACCAAAGGCUGAUCUCAACCUUGAUGUUUGGGCAAAAACCAAUCUUGGUUGCAAUUCAUUCAACAUUCAUCAAGCACAAACCAAUUGCUAUCCGCUAGCAUCAGAAGGCCUUCGAAAUAUGUAUUUUCCUUAUACUGACAUUUACAAAGCUGGCCAGGAUCCUUCAAUAAGCUCUUAUGCAUCUACACUUCCAAGAGGCAAUGUCUCAUUCAAUGGUUCCUCAAUUAAGACGGGGGUUAUCGUGGACAGGGUCAGAAAACCAAGUCAACUGCAUGAGCAUAAGUCAUUGGAGAAUAUUUCGAGCCCUGCUUUUGGAAAAAAAUUGAUGAACCAACAAGAUGACUGCUUAAAAGGAAAUGUGGUUGGAUGUAAACUCUUUGGGUUCUCCUUGACUGCAGAAUCACCUAAUCCGAACUCACAAAAUUCUGGUAAGAGGAGUUGUACAAAGGUUCAUAAGCAAGGCAGCUUGGUUGGAAGAGCUAUUGAUCUCUCAAGACUGUAUGGAUACGAUGACUUGAUGACUGAACUAGAAUGUCUAUUCAGUAUGGAAGGCCUUUUAAGCGAUCCCAAUAAAGGGUGGCGGGUUUUGUACACUGACAGUGAGAAUGAUGUAAUGGUGGUUGGAGAUGAUCCAUGGCAUGAAUUCUGUGAUGUGGUGUCCAAGAUCCACAUAUACACCCAAGAAGAAGUGGAGAAGAUGACCAUAGGAGUGGCCAGUGAUGAUACUCAAAGCUGUUUGGAACAAGCACCAGUGAUAAUGGAAGCAUCAAAGUCUUCUUCAGUUGGACAGCCAGAUUCCUCUCCGACAGUAAUAAGGGUGUGAGGAUCGGUGUUUGUUUUUCGUGUUGCAUUGUUUUUGCUUUGUGUGCACAACUUAUUGAAUCCUGAAGCUAUCUACUAAGUGUUUUUCAUUAUCAAAUGAACAUAUUGAAGGCUAAAAGUGGCCUUUCUGGCCUUAUGGUAUUGACAAUUGAAGUCGAUUGAAGUGAUUCAAGUCUGGUGCUUUGUAGUCAUCAACAAUCUGUAUAUCUCCAAAACUGAUUCAUGCGUUGUCUCUUAUUUGGGUCAUUUCAAAGCCAGAAAUGUGGAAAUGAUCCACUGCCUGAUUUAUGAGAAAUAGAUUGUUUUUAUGAAUUGUUUUCUGUAGUGUCUACAUGCAAGUAAAUCUUUAUUAUUAAAGAGACAGUUU